AUGUAUGACCAGUUAGAUGAGGCUUCUAGGACCACCACACGACAGAUUGCGGGGUACCUGACUCUACUACAGUGCGCCACAGAUGAUACAUACCAGGAGGCGUCCCCACAUGCUUCCUGGUGGCUGACGUCGAAGGCGCAUAUGAAGGGAAUCACAAGAGCACCUUACAGGGCACGUUGUGAUGCUUUGACCGUCACGGAUGUGUCCUGGUUUCCAUACACUGAGCAUCGGGGGGUUAGGGCCUUUGAGCUAAUUUCAUCAUUCCAGGGUCAGCUGAGAUGGGGUCCUAUGGUGGUCACAGCUCGACCGGAGAGGGUGGUACGACAGUUUGGUUACAUUCAGAGCAUCCCUCCACCGCCUGUUAGUGCUCGAUUGUCAUAUGAUGAUAUAGAUGACAGGUGGAUGCAUUUUGCGGAGUACGUACUACCUAUGGGUGAGCUUUGUCUAGUGCCUGGGCAGGCAGGUGACCAGCCCAGAGAUGCACCAGCCGCAGACCCUGAGGAGUACAUACAGCUGCCCAACCCCCAGGAUGAUUACGACGGCUAUGAGGCGGUUGCACAGAGGUUGGAGCGUGUGCUCAACCUUAGGAUGGUCACUGCAGGUACAGAGUUAUAUGAUAUUAUGCAGGAUUGCCUGAUGAUCGCCAGAGGGGGAGCCAGUGCUGAUGAAAGUGUCAGGGCUCGACAGAGACGGCGCACAGAGCAUUGA